AUGCUUGACGAAGCAUUUGAACAAAUUGGAGAAGAGACGAAUCAUGUUGGAUUUUACAUCGCUGCACAUUGUGAAGGUGGGUCGUAUCCUCAAUAUACUGUGCCAUUUACUGUACCGCCGUUUCCAGAUAAGAGUGAGCGGUUUAGUAUUGUGUUUCAAUGUCGUGUAAAACCUGGAAAAUUUACAACUCAUAAAAGUUCUGUCAGUGUUGGUGAAGCGUGGCGUAUUGUUGAUCCAAGUGCAAUACGACCAUACGGUAUUUUACUUAAAAAAGAAGAUUUAACUGAAUAA